CUUUACUCACAGAUAAACCUCCCAAGCCAUUGUUCCCCAUGGAGAAUCAGCCAAGUGUUAUAGAUGUCCAGCUGGGUAAGCCUCUGAACAUCCCUUGCAAAGCAUUCUUUGGAUUCAGUGGAGAGUCCGGACCAAUGAUCUACUGGAUGAAAGGGGAGAAGUUUAUUGAGGAACUGGCAGGUCACAUUAGAGAAGGUGAAAUAAGGCUCCUCAAAGAGCAUCUUGGAGAAAAAGAAGUUGAGUUGGCACUCAUCUUUGAUUCAGUGGUGGAGGCUGACUUGGCAAAUUAUACCUGCCAUGUGGAAAACCGAAAUGGACGAAAACAUGCAAGUGUUCUGCUGCGUAAAAAGGAUUUAAUCUACAAAAUUGAACUUGCAGGAGGCCUGGGAGCAAUCUUUCUCCUCCUUGUACUGCUCGUGGUCAUCUACAAAUGCUACAAUAUUGAAUUGAUGCUCUUCUACCGACAGCAUUUUGGAGGUGAUGAAACUGCAGAUGACAACAAGGAAUAUGAUGCCUAUCUCUCUUACACAAAAGUGGACCAAGAUACUUUGGAAUGUGACAACUCUGAAGAAGAGCAGUUUGCUCUUGAAAUACUGCCAGAUGUGCUAGAAAAACACUAUGGAUAUAAACUCUUCAUCCCAGAAAGGGACCUAAUUCCAAGUGGAACCUACAUUGAAGAUCUCACAAGAUGUGUUGAGCAAAGCAGAAGACUUAUUAUCGUGCUAACUCCAGACUAUAUUCUCAAACGAGGAUGGAGUGUUUUUGAAUUGGAAAGCAGACUCCAUAACAUGCUAGUCAGUGGAGAAAUCAAAGUGAUUUUGAUUGAAUGUACAGAAUUAAAGGGGAAGGUGAAUUGCCAGGAAGUGGAAUCACUAAAGCGCAGCAUCAAACUUCUGUCCUUGAUCAAGUGGAAGGGACCCAAGAGCAGCAAAUUAAAUUCUAAGUUUUGGAAGCACUUAGUAUAUGAAAUGCCCAUCAGGAAAAAAGAAAUGCUUUCUCGGUGUCAUGUUCUGGACUCUGCAGAACAAGGACUUUUUGGAGAAGUCCAGCCUAUACCAUCUAUUGCCAUGACAAGUACCUCGGCCUCUCUGGUGUCAUCUCAAGCUGACCUCCCAGAUUUCCACCAUUCAGAUUCGAUGCAAAUGAGGCACUGUUGCAGAGGUUAUAAACACGAGAUGCCAAGCACCACCUUGCCAGUACCUUCCUUAGGCAAUCACCACACCUAUUGUAACCUGCCUCUGACACUACUCAAUGGACAGCUACCCCUUAAUAAUGCCCUGAAAGAUACCCAGGAAUUUCAUAGGAACAGUUCCCUGCUACCUUUAUCAUCCAAAGAGCUUAGCUUCACCAGUGAUAUUUGGUAG